AUGUUGUUUACCGGUGCAAUGGCACGUCCAAAUCUGGAUGCAUUGUUGGCUAAACAAAACGAUGUCUCACAAUUACUAUUGGACGACCUGUUGAUGGGAAAUUCAAAUAAUGGUGGUGGUGGUGGGGAAAAAAUGUUUCGUGGAUUGAACAAAGUUCAAACUAAGCAAUCGAACUAUUUGGCCAAAUGGCCGGGAUUGCGAGAUCUUGUCUUCACCAUAGACUAUGAUGAUGAUAUUACAACAACAUUGGAAAAUAGUGAAUUUUUAGAACGUCUACGACAAUUGGCCAAUACACAAUCCAAUGAAUAUUAUGAUGAAAUACGUCAAGACAAUGACGAUGUUGCCACCAUUAACGGCGGUGGUGUUGGCGGUGGUAGUAUUAAGACCAAAGCGCCCAAAUCACCGGCCAAUCAGAUUAUCUUUAAAGAGCACAAUACCAAAAAGAAUGUACAAUAUAUGUCACCGUGUCAUUUUAAAAUCUGUAAUAUGGGACGCAAGCGGAAUGCUCGUUUUCAUGGCUAUUGA